AUGAAUACCAUAACACCAUGUGAAGAUCUGAAAAAGGUCAAAAACAUCGAAGUAUCGGUGUCAACAGUAUCAGAUUCUGGCCAGCAUUUGUUCGAUCACGAGAUCAUUGAAGAUCCAGAACUAGAGAAGAGAGUCUUAUUCAAAAUGGAUAUAUUUCUUGUGACAUUAUUUUCAUUUGCUUAUUUCCUUGCCAGUUUAGAUAAGUCAAAUAUAGGCAAUGCUAAAUUAGCAGGAUUAGUGGAAGACUUAAACUUGGUGGGGAACCAAUAUGGGAAUGCCGUGUCUGUUAUGUAUGCGACAUAUGUUUCAUUCGAACCAGUGUAUGCAAACUUAUUAGGGAUCUUUGGUCCUAAGAUCGUUUUAUGCUUUUGUUUAAUGGGUUGGAGUGUUGUGUCGAUAUGUACAUCUCAGUGUCGUAAUUACUAUGACUUGAUCGCAUGCAGAGUUCUAUUGGGUCUUUUUGAAUCUGGCCUUUACCCUUCUGUUAAUAUGGCAUUAACCAUCAUGUUUAGAAGGUCACAAUUGGCGAAGAGAUUUUCUUACGUUUUUGCCGCUUCAGCUAUAGCCUCAGCUUUUGGAGGUUUGAUUUCAUAUGGAUGCACUACAAUGUCAGGGAAAGGCGGUUUGAAUGGUUGGAAGUGGAUGUACAUCAUCGAAGGGUCGAUAUCUUUAUUCUUCUUACCUUUUUACUUAAUUUUAAUACCUAACAAAUUUGAGAAUGCCCUCUGCUUCAACAAAGAGGAGAAGGAGUAUAUGAUAAAACGGUUUAAAACAAUGUCAACAUAUAAAGAAGGAGAGAAGAUUAGCAUGAAAGAUGUAGGUUCUGCUUUGAAGGAUUUUCGUACUUGGUUGACUGGCGCAAUCCAAUUUUGUCUUGAUUUGACUUCUUAUGGCUUGGGAACUUUCAUGCCAAUUAUAGUGAAUGGUCUAGGGUUCACUAGUAUCGAUGCUCAGUUACUCAUGGUACCAAUAUAUUUUGUUACUGCAGUAUCUUAUCUUAUAUGUGCUAGAAUUAGCGAUCGAUUUUGUCUUCGUUGGCCCUUUGCGGUAGGUGGCUGUAUUGUUACCGCAAUUGGCUUAGCAAUUGUCGUUGGCGCCACGAAGAUGGGAGUAAGGUUCUUUGGAUUGUUCAUUGUUGCUGUCCCACUCUAUGUUUGUCCCUCGAUGAACGUCGUUUGGAUAAGUGGAAAUACUGCAAAUUUUUAUAAAAGAGCUACUGUGGUCGGAGUCAAUCAACUUAUUGGAAAUGCCUCUGGCGUUGUGUAUGGGCAAAUGUUUUCUACAGCUGAUCUGCCAAGGUAUAUUAAAGGACUUUGUGUCUGCUUAGGCACUCAAAUCAUUGCCUGUGGUGCAUUCGUCUUCUUGUUAUUUUACUAUAGAAGACAAAAUAGAAUUAGAUUAGAAACGAUUACAACUGCAGAAGAAAACGGAAAAGAUAUUCCCCGUGAAAAAGAGAAAGGUGACAAAAGUAUAUAUUUCUUUUAUAGUUACUAG